GUGCGAAUUUAGUAACAGGAGCGCAGAACCCGAUUUCUUUGCCAAUAUUGGAAAAGAAGCCGCCGUCAGUCAGCCCCUUGUCACUUCCGCUUCGAUCCCCUCUUCGGCAAAGGAGCAAGCCAAUUAUUGCCGUGUCCCAGCCAAUGCGAGCCUAGUCCACACCUCAAUUCCUCAAACAGAAGAGACUUGAAGAAAUAUGUUACGGGCCGUUUGGUGCAUCGUUUGUACGUACAUGUGUGACGUGACACUGGCCUCAAGAUACAGCACCACGAAGCAAGCAAGAGGUGUUCUUUGUCCAGGUACUAUCGCACCACGAGACCUCGCCUGCAUGCACGGCGACCUGCAGGCUGAAGAAUGCGCGUUGAUCUGGCCUGGAGUGCCAUUUUAUGACGAGACGGGAACGGGGCCCCUGCGAGAAGACACGCCCCGGGUUUAUUCUUUGCUCUGCUUCAAUUUGAUGAUGAAUACAAUACACCUUGCAUUUGUUGUGGUGCCAAUUGUCUCGGUCUUGGUCCAGCGAAUUCUCAUCCAUCGCAGGUUCAGCCAGCCCAACCGCGAUUGUGUCUCCGUUGAGCGGGUCCAAACAACGUUCGAUGCCGGCCACCAGUGAUUAAGGCGACCAGCAAAAGAACGGGUAAGAACUGGUCUUGAGCGCCGUCACGGAAGACCUUCUGCCGAAUCUCGAGGUGCCGUGAAUCCCGGCAUACGGAGCAAGACUUUGGUGAAGCUGGCAACCCCCCGGUACCAGAAAAAUUGUAUUUUGCCAUGGCAGUUAAGCGGUGAGGUGGUCGAUCUGACUACAAUACUCCGUAUGCAUCCAUC